AUGUCGCCUUUCCACGGAUUUUUAAUGACGGCCACUGCCGUCUGCCGUCCCUUGAAGCUCACCUGGCUAACGGACAAGCUGGUGUGGGUGGAGCAGUGGCCAAUGACUGAGGAGAAGCGGGCGGCAGUAGUGGAAUUGGUGCAAAGGGAAGUGCAAAUGGGCCAUCUUGAACCCUCCACCAGUCCUUGGAAUACUCCUAUAUUUGUCAUAAAGAAAAAAUCGGGUGCGUGGCGACUCCUCCAUGAUUUGCGAGCGGUUAACGCCUGCUUACAGGACAUGGGGGCUUUGCAGCCAGGAUUGCCUUCUCCGGCCAUUGUGCCGAAAGGACAAGGUGUCAUUGUAAUUGAUAUAAAAGAUUGUUUUUUCAGUAUUCCCUUACACCCAGGAGAUCGUGAGCGGUUUGCCUUCUCUAUCCCGGAGCGGAACCAUCAAGCGCCCAUGCAACGGUAUCAGUGGAAAGUGCUCCCUCAAGGCAUGAAAAAUUCGCCAACUCUCUGUCAGAUUGCGGUAGGUAAACCCUUGCAUUCUCUGUGAAAAGACUACCCGGAGGCCACCAUCAUACUUUACAUGGAUGACAUUCUACUGUCCCAUCAGGAUGAGUCUGUGUUGCAACGCCUCUAUGAUCAGAUGGUCCGGCAACUAACACAGCAGGUGGCGAAGCACCCUAAUGACGGACAAACAAUCUUUACUGACACGUCCUCCAAGACCAGCAAGGCCGUUUGUGUUUGGAAAGAAGAUGGGACAGUUCGAGGGGACUUGGAAGAGACGGCGGCGCAACGACACUUUACGAACAUGGAAGAGAAAGGUCCCUACCCGUUGGUCCGCAUCGCUGUCAUCCUUUCCUGGCUUGUGACACCUUGGGUAUCCGCUACAAACUUCUGGCAGUGGAUGCAAAGCCAACUGGGGGACCCUGAUGUGUAUCUGGACGACAUCCCUCUCAGAGUCCAUCAAUACGUGCCUUAUGGGAUCCGGCUGUCAGAGCUCGCAGCCAGGAAUCUAGGUGCCUCAGACAUUAAGCCUUAA